CCGAUGCUUUCUUUCCCCUGAAUACGCCGACGGAGCAAUAUCGCUCGUUACAUCGUCAUCGAUCUGAUUCUGAUUUAUUAGUUUAAAACGUGCAGGCAGAAUCUGAUUAUUAGUUUAAAACGUGCAAGCAGAAUCUAAUCCGAUUAUUACUUUAAAACGUGCAAGCGGAAUCUGAAUAUUAUUAGUUUGAAACGUGCAAGCAGAAUCUAAUCUGAUUAUUACUUUAAAACGUGCAAGCGGAAUCUGAAUAUUACUAUUAGUUUAAAACGUGCAAGCAGAAAUUGAUUAAAUCGAACCAUGUCUUUGCAAUCAAUUAUUGCGUCCUUUACGGAUGACGAGGAAAUUGACGAAUGGGUAGCCGGAGACGAUAGUGUUGAGCUAAAAGGAUACGUGGAUGCGAUUGAGGGAACAAAGUUGGUAACAUCAGCGAAAUAUCCGUUGGCAAAGCCUGUUCCGCUUUACAAGAUCAUCAUCAAUAGCGCGGCGCAAAAACGUGUGCGUGUAGUGUUCUGGGGGGCAGAUGCCACAAAAAACUCACCGCUAAUUCAUGACGGAACUAUUAUUGAGCUGAAACGCGCUAAAGUAACGGUCGGGAAUCCACAAUUUAAUAAUCCGAUGCACCGUAUAGAACCCUUAGAGCUAUACAUCACAACAGCAACAAAAAUUACCUUUUUUGAAGAAAAGUAUGUCCGCCAAGCUAUACCAGUCCAGAUUCUGGAUAUGCCACUAAUAUAUUAUAAAGAACUAGAAGCGACAGUCCGUGCCCAAGGUUAUUUGAAGCAGGAAUUUGAUCCCAUCAAAUCAUAUGGGACAACGACCGGUGCCGGUGUUAUUGUUGACGGUGAAACCAAACUGCCGGUCCGAAUCAAAAAUUUCGAUGCCUUAUCUACUCGAAUCCCACGGGGGACUUUCCUCCAAGUCGUUGGAGUUGUUACUACUAAUACCACUGGACCGCCUUAUCUGACUGUGGAGUCAAUGGCCGAUGUUAAAAUUUGCGAGGAAGUCGCGGUAUUGUCUUCUGAUGUACUGAGUCCGAUGGGCCGACGUCCUCCUAGCAAGAGAAGAGGCGAUUUUGAUUCUGAGGUUUUGGAAAAGGCAAAGCUUGCCAAGAAGAUGGAAUAAAUCCAAAACUCCACGCGGCUUACCGACUUAUACUUUUUUUUUCUUUUAUAAAUUUUUUAAUCAUUUAACUUUUUUAAUGACAUUUAUAUAUCGUAGAUUGGGCUACAAAAAGUUUCUUUUUUUUCACUAUUUUUGUUCUUUCACGGAAAAUUCCAAAACUGGCGGAAUUGCUUAUGCAUGAUUAACAAUUUUUAAUUAUUUUUAUAGUAUCGAAACAUAGUUUCUUCGCACUUCGUUUCCUUUAUAUUAUUUUUUAUGCUUAAACUGAUAACAAUUAUUUUUUGGUUAACCUGAUAAAAAGAAUACGGAGUUCGUCUCCAUUUAU